AACUUGCCUAAAGUAAGCAGUCUAUUGUGGCUCAGGAUUCCUCAAGGUACCCCGAGGCUUUAUUUGAAGCAUAUUUUGAUGAUUGAUUGACGGGGUUGGUCAUGAUGCUUUGUGCAGUAUGAUGUAUAUGUUGUAGACAGGUGAGGCCUAGCUGAAGAUGUCGAUUUGACAGCUCCACAAAUUUCAUAUAAGUUCCAAGGGUUAUCUAGUGAAGUGCAUAGCCAGAUUCAGUAUCACAACUAUAUAUGUUCGUGCUCUUGAAGAAGACAAUAUAAUGAUACCGAUUCGGAACCAUUUAUGCCAAGAAGCAAGAAUCAGAACCUAAAAAUUUACCUCAUGGAAGCAUGGGGUGGCCCUUGCUUGGAGAGACUCUUGCCUUCCUCAAGCCUCAUAAAUCAAAUUCAGUUGGCCAUUUCUUGCAAGACCACUGCCUUAGGUAUGGGAAGAUUUUUAAGUCACAUCUAUUUGGUUCCCCGACCAUAGUUUCCUGUGACCAUGAGUUCAACAUGUUCAUACUCCAGAAUGAAGAGAAGCUGUUUCAGGUGAGCUAUCCCAAGCCCAUCCAUGGCAUUCUUGGCAAGUUCUCUUUACUCACCAUUUCAGGAGAGCUUCACAAGAAGCUGAGAAACAUUGCUGUAUCUUUCAUUGCUACUGCCAAAUCAACACAAGACUUCCUUCUUUAUGUCGAAAAGCUUUCAAUCUCAAUGAUGAACUCUUGGAAAGGUUGCACGGAAAUUGCCUUCCAUAAAGAAAUUAAAAGGUUUACUCUCAAUCUCAUGGUGAAGCUUCUGUUGAGUAUUGAACCAGAAGAUCCACUAGCCUUAAACAUAUUGGAAGAUUUCCUAACUUACAUGAAUGGUUUUGUGUCAUUGCCAAUAAAUAUCCCUGGGACAGCUUACUCCAAUGCAGUCAAGGCUCGAAGAAGGCUUUCAUCAAUUGUAAGAGGGGUAAUGAGAGAAAGGGAAGGAAAGAUGGAUUUGAUGGAAUUAAGAAGAAAAGAAGACUUCUUAGAUGUGCUAAUGUCCAAGAGAAAACUAAGUGAUGAAGAGACAGUAAGCAUUGUGUUGGACAUCUUACUGGGAGGAUAUGAAACAACUGCUACUCUACUUGCUUUAAUUGUCUACUUUUUGGCCCAAUCUCCUAAUGCUUUUCAAACACUAAAGGAAGAACACCAAGCAAUAAGAGAAAAGAAAGAAAAUGGAGAACCCUUAAACUGGGAAGAUUACCAGCAAAUGGAAUUCACUUCCUAUGUGAUAUGUGAAGCCAUGAGAUGUGGGAAUGUAGUUAAGUUCGUUCACCGAAAAGCUCUUGAUCAAGACAUCAACUUCAAAGGAUUUGUGAUUCCUUCUGGAUGGAAGGUUCUUCCUGUCUUCACAGCAGCACACUUUAAUCCAUUUCUUCAUGAAAAUCCUUCAGAGUUCAAUCCCUGGAGAUGGACUGAUAAAGGAAUGAGCAAAAGAGUGACACCGUUUGGUGGUGGACCGCGGCUAUGUCCUGGGGCAGAACUUGCCAAAGUUGAAAUUGCCUUCUUCCUUCAUCAUCUUGUCUUAACUUAUAGGUGGAAAACAAAAUCAGAUGACUUCCCGCUUGCAUACCCUUACGUGGAAUUUCGACAAGGCUUACUUUUGGAGAUUGAACCGUCAAGAAAUCUUAAUUAAAUUUAAUUAUCUAC